AAGUUGACUUUCAGCUACGGAUUUAGAGAGGGAUCUAUUCUGUAGCAAAAUUUUGGCUUAUAGAGAGGGAAUUACGAGAGAUCUGCGAUGGUUUAAACAAGUAUUUUAUUUAUUUAACAUAUAGCAUAUUAGAGAGGGUUUAGCGAGGGAUAAGUUACGGAUCUUACAAGUCUUUAUCGACGCGCCCUUAUUCCUCGGUAAUCGGUGGAAAACGAAGACAUUUGGCGAGGGUUCAACGAGGGAAAAAAAAUCGUCGACUUGUUGCCAUCUGGUAUGUAUUUAGCGAGAGAACGCCGAGGGAGCAUACACACGCUAUGUUUUUUUAAUUGAAGAUCUCUCGCUGAAAUUGACGAAUCCAAGUCCAGUUUCACGAAGUUUGUAUGACGACACCAUGGACCAUUGCAACUUCCGAUUCCCGCAGCCUAUUCUUCCUUAACUUCUGAUUCAGGGUUAUUUUUUGACUAAUGGCGCAACGAGGAGCCCGUGGUGGUGGUCGCAGUGGUAGUCACAUUAGUGGUCGUGAUGCUAGAGAUAUAAAUGCAUCCCAAUCAUACAAUGAUGCAGAAAGUCAACCUUCUUCUUCAGUUAGAGGAUCAAACAUCUUAGAACAAGUUCCAAGUAACCCAUCAAAAAGGAAGUUCAUUGAAGUCGAUUCUGAAAAGGAAUUUACGGAUCAGAUUUCAGUGAUCAGAGCCAUCACAUGUAUACUGAAGACGAUGUUUGACGGCCCAUGGACCUCAUGGAAGAAGGUUGACAAAGAACAUCGUGAUGCAAUGUGGGAACACUUCAAGGGUUUGUAUGUUUGGCCCGAAUAGACUGAUGUUCUUGCUCGCAAGGUAUGGGAAGACUGUAUGAAGAAACGAUUUCCUGACGUAAUGCAAAGAGCACGUGAAGCAUCUUUAAAACUUGCCAAAGCUGCAAAUGUGAAUGCCUCACUAGAAGGUGAUUUAAAUUUGCUAAAGGACUAUCGCCCAAAUUGGAUAAAAAAGGAGUAUUGGGAAAAAAUGAUUAAUGAAGUGUGGACCACAUCCAAAUGGAAACGUUUAUCACAAUCAGGGAAAAAUAACAGAAAUAAAUUAGAAGAUGGCUCUGUUUCCAAACAUACCGGGGGUUCUAUAUCUAUUCGUCAACAUAAGAAAAGAAUGCAAGCAAUGCUUAAACGCCCUCCUACAGGAGUUGAACUUUAUGCAAGGUUGCACACUAAACGGUCUACUCAAGAGUACAUUACACCAAAGGCAGCUAAAGUUAAGGAGGCUUAUGAAAGUGCUAUGGUGGCUAAGUUUGGUGAUGAUACUAGUUGCCACCCCCUCUUGGAUAAUGAAACAUGGUGUGAUGUUUCCGGAGGAGUCAAGAAAGGAAGAAUAUAUGGAUUCGGAUCUGUGUCUGAUCCAGCGAGCUUUUUGGAAGGAACAUCUAGUACAAUAACAUCCCAAGAGGUUGUCUAUGAACGUGUACGAAAUGAGAUGCGUGGCGAAAUGGAUGCUAAAGCUGCAGAAAUGGAAGCUAAACAUCAACAAAUGCGUGAGGAAAUGGAUGCCAAAGCUGCAGCAAUAGAUGCCAAACAACAACAAAUUGAUGCAAAAUAUGAAGCAAUGGAGAAGAUGUAUGCAGCCUUGCAAAAUAUGAUGGGAAAUUGAAAAGUAGAGGAAUGAGAACCAAAGAUGAUUGGAUGGACAUGAAAUGAAGAUAUCAGCUAAAAUGUUAUUUUGAAGGUUAAACUUUUUUCUGUUUGUACCUCUUUUGCAUACUUCGGAUUUCUUGGUUCUAAAAUGUUAUUUUGAAGUUAAACCGUUGGGAGUUUGCUGUUACGUGGAUAGUUUCGUUUUUGGAUGUUUCUUGAAUGACACUUUGGUAAACUUUGAUAGUUUUGGUAUUGUAAUGCUUGGUUGUAUCAUUA